AUGGAGCUUUCUCAACUUGGUUUCCUUGAGGAGCUACUAGCUCCAAGAAAAGACACAUGGAACACUUUAUCCACCGGUUUAAACGACCUUCUUCUUCCAAAUGGUUGGAACUUUGACUCAUUUGAUGAAAAUCUACUCAUUAAUCCGUCUCUAAACCCUUCAUUUGCUUCGUUUUCAACACCAUUAGACCAUAGAUUUGAAUGCUCUUAUGGAACUGAUGCUGUUUCAUACCCUUUUGUUGAUGGGUUUACUGUUCCCGAGCUUGAUGAUUCAACACCGCUUUUACCGCAAGAGGGUGUUGAAGAGUUUGGUUUUGUUGGAAGUGAGAGUAAGGGUUUGGAAGAAGGUAAAAUUAGUUGUAAAGUUGAGGAGCAUGUGAGUGAGAUUCCUGUUUUUGAUAUGGGUUUGUGUGGUGGUGGAGGUGGACAGAAGAAAGGUAAAUCCAAAAGGGUUGAGGGGCAACCUUCGAAGAAUCUCAUGGCGGAAAGAAGGAGGAGAAAGAGGUUGAAUGAUAGGCUUUCCAUGCUUAGGUCGAUUGUCCCUAAGAUCAGUAAGAUGGACAGGACAUCGAUUCUCGGAGAUACAAUUGAUUACAUGAAAGAGCUUCUUGAAAGGAUUGGAAAGUUGCAAGAAGAAAUGGAUGAAGGAACAGAUCAGAUAAACGUUUUGGGAAUUUCUAAAGAGUUAAAGCCAAAUGAAGUCAUGGUAAGAAAUUCCCCUAAGUUUAAUGUUGAGAGGAGAGAUCAAGACACAAGGAUUAGCAUCUGCUGUGCCACAAAGCCAGGUUUACUACUGUCAACAGUGAACACAUUAGAAGCAUUAGGCCUUGAGAUUCACCAAUGUGUUAUCAGCAGUUUCAAUGAUUUUUCAUUGCAGGCAUCUUGCUCAGAGGUAGCUGGACAGAGAAAUUGUAUGAACCCUGAAGAGAUAAAGCAAUCACUGUUCAGGAAUGCAGGUUAUGGUGGGAGGUGCCUCUAG